ACUUACUUCGUGACAAGGGAUAUGUUGUUGGAAAUGCUUAGCAAAAUAAACUCUAUAAGUACAAUAGAACCAGACGUGUCCGACGACGAAGAUGGCACUUCCUAUAUAACCGAGUACAGUGAAGAGGUAAAUGAAGGUUUGAUUCAGCCCGCGAUCGAAUCAUCGGCCGAUUCGGGCAGUCCGGAAUCCGGUAGCGGUUCGAUUAUCACUUCCGAUUGCCACGAUAUCACCGCCAAUAACGCACCGCUUACGUUCGGUGAGGCCGAUGGCGCAUUUCCUCAGCGUUAUUUCGCAACAUUGAACCAUAGUUCGGUUAGAUUCCCACUGACGGGAAAUUUAUUUUCACCGAUAACUAAAAAAUGUAUUGCUUUGAAACAAGGACCGUUGUCAGAAAUUUCACUGGAUAAGAUCAAUUCAAUUUCUGAGUGUCGGCCACGUGAAAGGUGUUCUGCAGGAGCAUUACUAAGCAACAAAUCUGCAGUCACGGGGCUUAUACUGGGAUUGAGUUUUGUAGGUUUUGUUAAAAUUGUUCCUGCACUUUUACGUAAAUGGUUUAUUUAA